AUUAUUUAUUAGGUUUAUUUUGUGGGUUUUCCCUUGCCGCUUCUUUCCCCGUCCAAGGGGCAGAGAUCCGGGGCCGUAUAAAACGGCCGAGCUUCCUUCGCUUCGCCCCCUUUUCCUUCUCUCUCUCUCUAUUGUCCAUGGAGGUGUGAAGGCGUGGGGGUGGUAGCUCGGGCUCUUAUUCUUGGCGAAAUCGUGGGUGAAGGGAGGAGAAAAUGGCGGGCUUGGAGGGUCUGGAUACGUUCUUGACGGCAGCGAGCAGAGCUUGUUGUAGCCCUUUUGCCAUCUUUAUCCAGAUCCAGGGUUGUGCUAUCUGUUUAAUCCUUGCCAUCGGAUGGAGUUUUGCUGCCUAUGUCAGGAGUAGAGUGAUACGGCACAUGAAGCACAACCUGGAAGGUGGAAAUAGUUUUGCAUUUAUCUGUGAUGAUAUUAAUGAACUUGAGCACUCUGCUCAGUUGGACUUGCCUAGGGUGUCGGUUGUCAUGCCUUUGAAGGGCUUUGGAGAACACAAUUUGCAGAAUUGGAGAAGUCAAAUCACUUCUCUUUAUGGUGGACCUCUGGAGUUUCUUUUUUUAGUUGAAAGCAUUGAUGAUCCGGCUUACCAUGCUGUAUCUAAGCUGAUCUCUGAAUUUAAGGACAGUGUUGAUGCAAAGAUUAUUGUAGCUGGAUUAUCAACAACAUGCAGUCAGAAAAUUCAUAAUCAGUUAGUUGGUGUUGAAAGGAUGCAUAAAGACAGCAAGUAUGUUUUGUUUCUGGAUGAUGAUGUUAGGCUGCAUCCAGGGUCAAUUGGGGCCCUUACAAAAGAAAUGGAGAAGAACCCUGAUAUAUUUAUUCAAACUGGAUAUCCUCUUGAUUUGCCUUCUGGAAGCUUGGGGAGUUAUUGCAUAUAUGAAUAUCAUAUGCCUUGUUCAAUGGGAUUUGCAACUGGUGGAAAGACUUUCUUUCUGUGGGGAGGCUGCAUGAUGAUGCAUGCGGAAGAUUUUAGAAAGGACUUGUAUGGUGUUGUUAGUGGACUUCGAGAUGGUGGAUACUCAGAUGAUAUGACGUUAGCUGCAAUAGCUGGGCAACAUAAGAGGCUUAUUAGUUCACCUCCAGUUGCUGUCUUUCCCCAUCCUCUUGCAAGUGAUCUUAGCUUUCCAAGAUACUGGAAUUAUCUAAGGAAACAAACAUUUGUUCUGGAAUCCUACAUAUCUAAGGUCAACUGGCUGAUGAACCGUGCACUGUUUUCUUCACACUGCUAUUUAUCCUGGGCUUUUGUUUUUCCAUACUUUAUGGCAAUGACACAUCUUGCAGCAGCUUUAAGAGCACCAUAUAGUGAUUCUCUUUUGAAGGAAACAUCUGCCUCAUGCAGUGGUCUUACACUAGCUGGCUGCUUGUUUAUAUGCACUAUUCUUGAACUUGCUUCAAUGUGGAACUUGACAAAAGUGGAGAUCUAUUUGUGCAACUUGUUAUCUCCAGAGGGGCCAAGAGUCUCACUUGGUUCAUAUAACUGGGGACUUGUGUUUAUUGCUAUGCUGGUGGACAACUUAUUAUACCCUAUCUCUGCAACGCGAUCACAUUUUACACAGUCUAUAAACUGGUCUGGUAUUCGGUACCACUUGAAAAAUGGAAAAAUAAGCAAGAUUGAAAGGUCCAAGGAAUAUGGUUCAAAUUUAACUGAUCUUGGAGGAAAGCAUCUGUAUGGAAAGAGGCUAUCCCCUCCUAAGGCUUCAUUCCUUAGCUCUUUGUCAAGAAGUCUGGCACAGUGGCACCAACCAAAGAAGUACGAUAGUUAGGAUGCUUAAUAUCUAGCAGAAAAUCAAGAAGAGAGUGUCUAUUCUUCAUUUUUCUUCCAGCAUUAUAUUGUAUUUUUCUUUCUUCAUCCUUUUAGUUUUUAGAAAACCCAUUCAAUCCAUUGAUUCUUACAGUGUUCGGUUAUGUUCACUGCAUAGAGUUUGAACUCGUAAUUUUCUGUAACAUGGCAGAUGUAUACUAGCAUAUUCAUUCAAGACAAUAAGAUGCUUUAUCUUUGGCUCUUUUUUUUUGUUA